AUGGCAGAAAAUCAUGUGCAACCACCACAGAGGACACUGGGAGAUUACAUGACUCCUGUUGUCAUUCCACCCAUUGGAAGUGUGGUUAGACCAACAGUGGAGCCCAACAAUUUCGAAUUGAAGCCUGCAUUAGUACAGUUAGUGCAGAAGGAACAGUUUGCUGGAACAAGUGCAGAGGAUCCAUACCUGCAUAUUGAAAAUUUUCUGUUGUUAAGUGACACUGUAAAAAUUAAUGGAGUGUCCAGAGAUGCAAUUCUUUUGAGACUUUUUACUCAUUCACUGAAGGAUGAUGCCAGGAGGUGGCUACAGUCACUACCACAAGGAAGCAUUACAACUUGGGAUGACUUGCAGACCAAGUUCUUGGCAAGAUUCUUUUCAGCAUCCAAGAGGGCAAAGUUGAAGGAUGAGAUCAUAGGAUUCAAGCAGAAAGAGUUAGAGUCUAUCUAUGAGGGGUUGACAACCACUACUAGGACAUUGGUGAAUGCCACUGCUGGUGGUUCAUUGACAACCAAGACUCCUCAGGAAGCUCUUGACAUUUUUGAGUCCUUAGCAUCUCAGGAGUUUGAUAAUGCUCCAGUGAAUGACAGAAGAAUGGGAAUUAUUAAAUUGGAUGGCUAUGAUGCUUUAUUAGCCAAAAAUGACCAGAUGCAACAAGUGCAGAGACAACAACAACAACAAAUAGAAGCUCUCACCAAGCAGCUUUCUUCUCAGAAGGUUGCUUCAGUGGACACGAAUUAUGUGUGUGCCAAUUGUGGGAAAAGCCAAGUUACUGAUGAUUGUGAUUGUGGGAGAUCUGCUGAACAAGCAGAAGUUAAUGGAGUAUGGUAUGAUCAUAACAACCAGAGGUACUUCAACAACCAGGGGCGAAAUUCAAGUGAUACUGCUGCAUGGGAGAAAGCUUUUGCCCAGUUAUCAAAGACGACUCAGGAUUAUAUCCAGGGGUCAAAUUCUUUCAGGGAAGAGACUUCUGCUUUCAUGCAGGAGACCAAGACAGCAUUCAGAAACCAGGAAGCAUCUAUCUGGAAUUUGGAGACACAGAUUGGUCAGUUGUCUAGGAAGAUAACUGAGAGGCCACAGGGUAAGUUCCCUGGAGAUACUAUGGUGAAUCCAAAGGAGCACUGCAAGUCCAUCAUUACAAGAAGUGGGCUUGUGCUUCAACCGGUGAAUAAGAAAGUGGAUGAGAAGAAAGUGGGAGAAAAGAAAAGUGAGGAGGAAGUUGUUGUUGAAGAUGUUCUAGUUGAAAAUGAUAAAGAAGAGGAAGAAAUCCAGAAGCAGCACUAUGCAAGGUUUUUGGAUAUUUUCAAAAAGCUACAGAUUAACAUUCCAUUUGCUGAAGCCCUAGAGAACAUGCCUCAUUAUGCCAAAUUCAUGAAGGAUCUUCU